CAUCGGCGAGCGGAUCCCGGGGCACAGAGCCGUCGGCCGCCGCGCUCGAGCCUCCGCCCGCACCGACCGCGGGACCCGGGCCGCACCGGGGAGGGGCCGCUCCGGGCCGCAGCGCGAGGCAGCGAGGGGCGGCGGGGAGCCGGCACCGGGCAGGGCCGGCGGCAGCGACCAUGAUCGCUUUGUUCAACAAGCUGCUGGACUGGUUCAAGGCCCUGUUCUGGAAGGAGGAGAUGGAGCUCACGCUGGUCGGGCUGCAGUACUCGGGCAAGACCACCUUCGUCAACGUGAUCGCGUCAGGACAGUUCAAUGAGGACAUGAUCCCCACUGUGGGCUUCAACAUGCGCAAAAUCACCAAAGGCAAUGUGACCAUCAAGCUCUGGGACAUUGGGGGACAACCCCGAUUCCGCAGCAUGUGGGAGCGCUACUGCCGAGGAGUGAGCGCCAUCGUGUACAUGGUGGACGCCGCUGACCAGGAGAAGAUCGAGGCCUCCAAGAAUGAGCUCCACAACCUGCUGGACAAGCCCCAGCUGCAGGGCAUCCCGGUCCUAGUCCUGGGCAACAAGCGAGACCUCCCAGGGGCAUUGGAUGAGAAGGAGCUGAUAGAGAAAAUGAAUCUGUCUGCCAUCCAAGACCGAGAGAUCUGCUGCUACUCCAUCUCUUGCAAGGAAAAGGACAACAUUGACAUCACCCUACAGUGGCUUAUUCAACACUCCAAGUCCCGGAGAAGCUGAGACCGCGGCCCUUCCCCUCUGACCAGGGACCCCCUGUCAUCCAAGCCUGAAGCCGAGCUCCCGCCCACCCCUAAACCUGUCCCCCCUAAGCCCGACCCUCCUCUUUCAGUGUGGGGAGGGGCUCUCUGGGGAUCUCAGAGUUCUGUUCUGCUGAGGUUUGAACUCCUGAUUUUAUUGUAAAAUAAAUCACCCCAGUUCUGGUGCCCUGACCUCUAGCCCUUCCCCUCUCCCUGGGUCCCUCCUCUGCCCCACCCUGUUCCCCUUCCCUGGACGCCCAGGCCCCAGGCCCCCCACCCUCCUCUCUCCCCUGUCCCACUCCUACUUCCCUUUUCAACACUCUUCUGUUAGUGUCCUGUGUGUACAGUAUAUAUAUGUAUAUAUAUUUUAAUUUUUUAAUUUAAGCAAAAACUAAAAUCAACCAUUUGAUGCUGCAGGGGCCAGUCAGGAUCUGGGAAGGGGUGGUCUAGAGAGAAGAAAGACAUUCGGGGUUGGCCUGGGGCAGGUUCAGACCAGGAGAGUGAAGGCUGGUACCUGGGGCAGGUACCAGCUGGGCACUGGUGACUAUCCCCAUGUCCUGUGUGUCCACUUUCCAAUAUGACUUGUCCCUGCAGUGCUUGAAUGUCACAGGCUGAUGGGAGCCUCCAGAGGCGCCCCUCUCUACCCUCAGCCUCAGUAGGGCCACCAGGCACAGCCAGGUGCCGGAGACCACCAGGCCAAAGGGACAGGAGGCCCACGGCCAUGUGGCCCCAGAAGCCCCCUCCCGCCUGCUCCUGGCCCCCAGCUCCUGCCUGCCCCGGGGCCCCCACCUCCAUGGGCCACCACCUCAUUUUCUGUUCUCAUUUUGCAGAGUUGCACAAGGAGAGAACUUGGCAUGGGGGGGUUGGUUCUUUGGGUUUUGUUUUCUGUUUGUUUAUUUGUUUAAUUUAAUGAUUUGUAAAGUGACGUUCCUCUUCCUUUUUUACACUUUUCAGCUCAUAUUUAACCUCUGUUUGGAAAACGAUUCUUGUAACUGUACAUUUUUUUGCCUCCUAACAACAAGUAAGAAUAAAUGACCAAUUUUGUGUUG